UUUCAUUAAUUUAUAACUUAAAAACGUGUCGGCCACUGCGUUAUUCGUGCCUAAUAUAGUUUAAAGCAGGUUUCAAAGCGAACCGCAUCAAAAUGGCUUGUCGACAGUCUUCAGCCGGUACGCUUAUCUGCCUCUCGCUGCUGCUGCUGCUGAGCACCUGCUCUGGCCUGUACGAGGACCAGAUUAAGAAAUUCGACUGGCGAAGCGUUCAUUUGGGCGCUCUUAAACAAGUUCACGUCGACCUCAACCAUUUUCAACCGCGCGUACUCUUGAGCACGCACGAGCAAGUGGUUGCCUCAUUAUGUCCAAAGACCGGUGAGAUUAUCUGGCGACAGGUGCUAGAGCAAAAGCCGCGUGGCGACAUCAAGCUGCUGCAAGUAAGCGGCUUUGCCGACGAUAGCAGCGACACGGCGGCUGCUCCGAUGGGCUCACAUCUUGGCUUUGAUAUGCUAACUGUGCAGGGCCACGCGCCGGCUCUGGUGCGCGGCUGGAACACCAAUAUUGGCACAAUCGAAUGGGAAUGGUCCAUAAUGCCAUUGCAUACGGAAAGGGCACAGGAUGCGGUCUGGUUCUAUAGCAAUUCUGUGCUCUAUCAUGUCGUUCCCGUUUGGCGCAGCCAUAUCGAGGUAACCGCAUACUUUGCAACCUCGGGACACACAACGGGCAGCACCAGCAAGAUAAUGGCCGCUUGGAUUAAGCCGCAGAGCUGUUUGCUAAGCGGCACCUUCUAUGUUUGCCUGGAUGGCAAGCAGCUCAUAAGCCUGGAUUUGGUGGCCAAGAGCACGCAGGUCAUUGCCACGCCUUUAGGAGCCGAACCCAGCGGCAAAAUUCAAUCUCUACCGGGCUUAAACGGCUUGCUGAUUGUCGAUAAAAAACUCAUAAGUGUUAGCAAGGAUCAGGCCGUCUGCUCCGAACUGACAAGCGCCAGCUAUCUUGUCGGCAGCUUUAAUUUACGCAAAGUUCUGGCCUAUGCCGAUUUGGUAGACGGCGUGCUCAAAAUUAAUGCUGUUUAUGUGGACAACUGCACGCCCGUGCCUGAGCUGCAGCAGAGCGUAGCGUUUGCGGAAGACUUUGGAGCGCCCAGUCUACGAUCCUUUGACUGCAAGGCGAAGCGCAAUGGCGACGGAAAAAAUUGUCUCUUUAUUUUUGCCACCAGCGCUGAGUCCAUUGUUGCCGUGCAGCAAGGACGUGUCCGUUGGGCACGCGAGGAAUCUUUGGCGAACGUUAUUGAUACGCAGUUCAUUGAUUUACCUUUAGCUGAUACUGAGGGCACGCUUGAGAACGAAAUGAAGGGCAAAGCAGGUGACAUUGCCAGCGCCUUUAUGCGGCGUAUUACCACGCAAGCACUGCAAAUGAAGAGCCUGUUCUUGCAUGUCAUCGGAUUGGGCCCACCACCAACGGACACACAACGGGCCGGACUUGUGCGCGAUUCUUUUGGACUUCACAAGAUGCUGGUGCUGCUGACGCGCACGGGCAAAAUCUUUGGCGUGGACAACAUUGCCGGCAAACAUCAUUGGAAGCUGUAUCUGCCCAAUGUAGCGGGUUUUGAGAAUGCCGAACAGAUGCGUCUGAUUGUGCAGCGAAGCUCCAAACACUUUCCAUUGCAGCCGCUUUGCGCAAUUGUUGCCAAGUCUGCGGUUAAUAGCAACGGUGUAUUAUUUCGAUUCAACCCGAUCACAGGACGCGCUGCCGAAGGUGGACUGCUCCAACUGGAUUACCAAAUUAAGCAGUUAGCGCUUCUUCCCGAAACGGAAGAAGACUUUGUUAAGGGCAUACUUAUAUUGGAUGGCACCAACCAAGUACAUGUGGAGCCUAAGCAUGCGACGCCUUUGGCACAUGGCAUAUAUCUGUACACAGCAAAUGUGAAGACCGCUGAGCUCGAGGGCUAUUUUGUGAAAUAUGCGGGCGGUGAACUGUCAUGCUUGCCCAUUUGGAAUGUGCGUCUGGGCGGUCACAACUCAGAACAACAAAUCAUUCGAGUUGCUAGCAAAAAUCCAAUUGAGCACGUGCACUCGCAGGGCCGUGUGCUAGGCGAUCGCUCGGUGCUCUACAAAUAUAUAAAUCCCAACUUAGUUGCCUUCGUUACACAGGCUCCAGAUGCCGCCCACAAAUCGGUGCUCAAUUUGUACUUAAUUGAUGUUGUGUCUGGCUCCGUCAUCUUCUCGAUGACGCACCGUAAGGUUCGUCCACCUCUGCACAUUGUACACUCGGAGAAUUGGCUAGCCUAUUCCUAUUUCAACGAUAAAGUGCGACGAACUGAGAUCACCACGAUUGAACUGUAUGAGGGCAAUGCGCAGGCCAACAAUAGCGUCUGGAGCUCCUUGCAGGCACCGUCCAUGCCGCUCGUGGAGCGUCAAUCCUACAUCAUACCAACAAUUGUGGAGGCAAUGCGCGAGACCAUCACCGAACGCGGCAUUACCAACAAGCAUGUCCUAAUUGGUACGGCGAGCGGCGGCAUUGUUGAAAUGCCCUGGCACUUGUUGGAUCCACGUCGUCCAAUAUCAUCCACUACGCAGGGUCGCGAAGAGGGCGCCAUUCCCUAUAUACCUGAGUUGCCUUUGCCAACUGAAAAUUAUAUAAAUUACAAUCAGACGGUUGCACGUUUACGUAAUAUUUAUACGGCACCCAGCGGUCUGGAGAGUACCUGUCUAGUUGUGGCUACGGGCUUAGACUUGUUCGUUACGCGCGUUUCGCCAUCAAAAACGUUCGAUUUGCUGAAGGAGGAUUUUGACUAUAUAUUAAUUUCCAUAGUGCUAGUCGUGCUCACUUCGGGCUCUUUGAUUGUUAGGCAUUUAGCGUCGCGUAAGCUGCUCAAACAGGCGUGGAAAUAGAAGUGGAAUUAUUAUAUAAAUAUGUAAUUGCUUUAUGUAAAUUGUACUACGACCAAAAAUAAUAACAUGAAGAAAAGUGGA